UGCAUGUUUCAUCUGGCUCUGGACUCUGGUGAAGGAUGCAGCACGGAGCAGGGAAGGUUUGCCUUGUCGAGCAAGAAAAAAGGAAACCUAGAAAAUACUUUCUAGAGCCACGGAGAGUAGAGUGCCGGGAUGAAUACAUAAAUUCUCGAUCCCAGAUGUGCUGCGUUGUUUGGCGGUGUAGAAGCGAUCGUUGAGAGCGUAACCAAAGCUCUUACUCACAUCUAGUUGCAGGGUACUUUCAGCCGGGUUGGUUAGGAGGUAUUGACCGGAGGAAGAUUUUUGGAUUGUAAAAAUGGGGACAUUCAUCGGUCACGUCCUGCCUGGAGCAGGCUUCCUCUUGCUCGGGUUGUGGCACCUCUUUAACACAAUUGGGGCUCACGUGCGGUCACCAUGGCAUUUUAAAACCCGAACUUGGUUUCCUCUCAAAUAUCCUCGCCUCCGUCACGUUGAACUUUAUUUCAUCAUGCUCGGAUCUUGUCUCUCCAUCGCAGCAGAGCUUUUCAUCUGCCCUGCGGCGCAUCAGCCAUGGGCGGACGAUUGGUCCAUCCCUGCGAACCACCUCAACAACUUCGAGCACUCCACAAUCUCACUGUUCAUGUUCAUCUACGCCGCUUCUGCUCUCGUCCUGGACUUGACGCGCCUUCAUGUCCCGCAAGGAUGGUUGCACGGCCUCGCCGCCGUGGCUUUCAGCCAAGAGCUACUUCUUUUCCACUUCCACUCGUCCGACCACAUGGGGCUAGAAGGUCACUUCCACUUGCUUCUCCAGUUGCCCAUUAUGGUUGGAAUCCUCACUCUCUUGGUGGAAAUUUCAAUCCGCAAUCUCCCCGCGAUCUCCAUCUUUCGCAGCAUGUCGAUUGUCUUUCAAGGGACCUGGUUCAUUCAGAUGGGUUUUGUACUGUGGACGCCAUCGUUACUGCCGAAGGAUUGCGCUAUGGUGCACACGCCGGACCACGCCACUGUGGAAUGUUCAACCCAUGAUGCUCUUCAUCAGGCGAAAGCAUUAGCGAAUCUGCAAUUUAGCUGGCACCUCGCAGCACUGGUGGUACUUACGGGGGCUUUAUUCUUCCUUCUCUCUCUUCUCGAGAAACGCCGCAUGACUUACCAACAUUUAGCGGUUGGGGACGACCACUCGGAAGUCCACUCUCCAUCGCCGUUCAAGGUCGUGGACGAUGAAGACAUAGAGCGCGGAAACUCACCCACUUGUGGCGGCUCCCAAACCUCCAUGGAACUGCAAACCAUCUACUCACUCAACCUUGAGAGGUGACGAAUUCCUCAUCAAUACUGGUGUGUGGGUCAAUAUUCUUUGGAACGUCAGCCAAAUUUGUGACGAUAGACCCAACCUGCUCUAUCUUCAUCUGUGGGCCAGUAGACUUGCUAGACCUUCACGGUACUGCAGCUUCAUUCCAGGCUGAAGAAUUCUUUCACGCAUCGAAGGCAUGGCCUGCGUUCCUUCGUACAGCUUCCAAAUCGUCCUGCUCUAGCACCCAAUUAUUUCUACACGGUGAGAGUGCACCUUCACGAUCUCUCGCUUGGAUGAUGCACACCAAGUAUCUGCCGCACGUGGGAAUCGGUUCUCAGAGGUUUUGAACUUAUAAUUUGAAUUACACGACGACUCUGAGUAGCACUAACUCUUGACACUCGGCAGAAUGUAACGGAUCCUUCCAAACGGCGUUUAUUUUUGUGUGUACAUUGUGUAUAGCCUCACAGUUUAUCUAGGGUGCUAGAACUUGUCCAGUACUGUCGGCUGAUUUAGGAUUUUGAGUCUAUCUAUCGUUCUCAAUUUAUCAAGAAUUUGUCUCCUUCAUGAGUUUGCUUAAGCCUCCUCGUUUGUGUACUUUAUUCGACUUGAACUCCAUGUUGUAACGGUGAUCAGCUUUGGGUGUCAAUCCCUUAGAGUGCGUUAUUUUCA